ACAGUCAAAUCCGAUUCUACAACCGAGUUGUAAGGUACCAUUGCGGUUAACCGAAGUACUUCGUUCGCACGGUUACGAAUUAUUUCGAAUUUUAACAGAACGCGAAUACCGUUUUUCUUCGUGUUUGGCCUGGUUUUUUUUUGCUAUGAACAAACUGUGAAUUGUACAACGUCUAUUUUUCGAUCUGGUUUUGAUUUCAAAACUUUUGUUGAAAUGUUUACAAUGUUUUUAAUUUGUUUAUUGCUUGCUGUCGUCAAUUCGUCUGAUAUAAAAAAUCUAAUGGGAGAACCGGAUUAUAGACGAGUUCGUUUGCAUUGGGAAACCGAUUCAACGGCAUUAGCAUCAGACGGUUUCAAUGUCAGGUAUUGCGAAAUCCAAACCUGGGGUUCGCAACGGUGUAAAGUCCAAAACGUUCCCGAUUUCUCCGAAAAUAAUUUGGAUAAAGAGGAGGAGGUUAAAACGUUUAACGCGGAUAUAAAAGGGUUGAGAAUGGCAACUACUUAUUCGUUCGAAGUGAAAGUUGCUAAAGAAAAAGGUGAACGAGAAGAUAGAGCUGAUGGAGAUGAUAAAAAUCAAAAUAUUAUUGUGAUACCUACCAAAGGAUUUUCUGCCAAAGCGACGCAAUGUCUACCUCACGCUAGUGAAAUUGAAGUUUCAACGGGACCUUUCUUCGGAGGCAGAAUCGCUGUAGAGGCGGCUGACGGGGAAAGAUGCGCCAUCGACGGCGAACCAGACAGCCCCCGAGACGUAUAUACCUUAAGAAUAAACCACACAGAAUGCGGUAGUCAGGUCAACGAUACCACUGUUGCCACUUUUGUUUUGGUACAGGAAAAUUUACCAAUUUUGACGCACAGUACCAGGAGAUUUUUGGUUUUGUGCUCGUAUCAACCAGAAACUCUAACAGUUCGUGCCGGUAUCAACCUUCCGAACGGUGCACAUCAUCAUCAAGGUGGACGGGGACAAGCGCACAUCCAAGCCCAUUACGAAGAUGGAGACAACAACUUAGGAAGACGAUCGAGAACUGGUCGUGUGAUGCAAAAACCGGAAGCGUUAGUGAAAGAAGAAACUACAGCCGAACUAAAAGAACCAAUAUCUUACAAAAAUAACUUCGUACCCAUAUUCGUAAUAACUAUGUUAGUUAUAGCUGGAGUGAUAGGAAUAGUAGCUAUAGCACUCAAGAUCGUCGGUAAAAAAAUAACUAAAGAAUUUGACAAUGUAUCGAUUGCCUCGGAUCUAUCGACAAGUAGUUGCAGUACCAUUACGGACGUCGAAGCAGCUUGUGAUAAUAAUAAAGAAGAAAAGAAAUUACCUAAUUUUAUCUAAUAACUAAAAGGUAUUAAUUUGAUAAGAAAAAUGCCGAUACGAAAUAAUUUAUUACAAAAAUAUCUUCUCACAUACGGUACUUUCUUUAAUAGAAUUUAGAGGUUAUGUCAAACCAAACUGUUAUUUAAAAAUUGACAGAACGGCAUAUAAUUGAAGUUGUUGUAUGAGAAGAGAGAGAUAGGACAACGGUUUACCUCUUUCUAUUGGCUAUUUAAAUUUUUGACGUCAUGACGAUCCAAUCAGAACAGAGGAAAAUAGAAAUUGGUGUGCGAAUGUUCUUUCUCUUUCUAUUAUCAGUGCAGGUCUACUUGAACAAACUCUAUCUUUAAUAAUAACUCUAUGAAAAAUUCUCAUCUCCGCGAAAAUAUAAUUUUAUUAAUAUGACAUUUAAACAAAGUUCAUAUCUACGUAUAAAAUUGAUACUAUACAGGGAAUAAUAACGAUAAUACAGGGUGGAAAUAUGUUAUGAAAAACACUUAGAUUCUUCGGAAAAUACAAGACAUAUAUCUGAUUGGUAUGUGUUAUAAUAUAAAUCAAAAUCUGCUUUGGAUAACUGUUAUUACGAAAAACUAACAGGUAUAAAUGAAAAUUCCAUAGAGCUUAUAUAGAAAGAGGGAUAUAUGAGUUGUGUUGUACUAUUGGAAAAGAGAGAAAGAGCAUCAGUUUAUCUACCUCUCUCUAUUCGCCAUUGAAAUUUUGACCUCAUGGCGAUCCAAUUAGAAAUUAGAAUAGAGAGAAACAAAAAGUGUUGUACUGACGUUCUUUCUCACUCUAUCAGCAGUUCGGACUUACUUGAAUAAACUCUCUCUAUCCUUUAUAUUAACUCUAUGAAAAAUUCUCAUCCCUCUUUGUUGGCCACUCGCUUAAUAGUGAUUUUAACAAAAAAAUGUAAUUGUGAUAGAACUUUAAUUAAUGAAUGCAGAUUUAAUUUUGUAAUAAAAACAUUGUACCAGAAGCAAUAUAAGAAAAUAGUUGUUGGUAUUAGAUACAAUGAUAAUGUACGAGGGUUGUCCAUAAAAUAAGAUUCCCAAGGAACUGCGGACGCUAGUUAGGCGGGAUUGGCAAGAACUUUGUGCAGCUUGAUUCAUUUUUAUGUCUUCCGUUGAACAUUGAUUCCCAACUGUGUGAGAUGUAAGGGGAAAAGUCUAUGAGUGUGUAACUUGUGCGCAAAUGGGCAGAUUUGAAUUUAAUACCAUCUCACACCACCCUUACAGCUCAGACUUGACCCCCAGUGAUUACCAUCUCUUCUCUGAGUUAAAGAAAAAGCAUUGGAAAAUAGAGGAAAUCCGAGUUUUUCAAACUCGUUUUAUUUAAUGCCAAUAAACGUGUUUUUCAUUGUGAAAAUUGUGGAAUUUUAUUUAAUCGACAAGCCUCGUAGGAAUAGAAGAAUGAGUUUAGAUGAAUGCGCAUCCAAAGUCAAUUAGAUUCCAAGUGUAUCUAAUCAAAACAUCGAGGUGAAUCGAUAAAUCAAAAUAAACUUAACGCAAACUUUUAAAUUGAUAAUUCUUUAUUGUUUGAAAAACGUACAAUGUUUUUAUAAACAAUAAAAAAAAUAUUUACUACCAAUUUUAGGUACUUAACUUAAGACUAUUGCAUAUUAACUGUGAUAUACUAGGUGUUGGAUCGCACUGGAUACUUUGGUUUUAAAAGUACGUACUGUUUUAAACACCGGGUAUAGUAUGCAAUUGAUAUAAUAUAUGUAUUUAUUUUGUAUAUUAAGAUAGUUUAGGUAACGAUCUUUUUUACGGAUCUAAAGACUUAAAUAAAUAUUUUUCUAAUUAAAA